GCUCUUUGUUGAAUUUGCACAAGAUUGGACUUCCUGACAGAUGGUGACGUUCUGUGACGUUCUGGAGUAACUGGAAUAUAUUGAAUAACCAGCGGUUUAUCAGGCGUUUCGGGACUGACGCCUUGGUGACGAAUCAGAACCACGGACAACGACCAGCAUCGAUCAGACACGGACAACGCCCUGAAUGUUGCACACAGUAGGCAAAUUGUUCAUUUACACAGUAUAAAUGUUUAGCGGGAACUAACAAACUAAAUACAAUCGAAGAUGUUGGGUACCAGUACAGAAGACAUGAACGAAUAGGCAUAACCUACACCCGAUUCCUUACCAGUAUUUAAAGUUUUUCAUUUUUAUUUUCUUUUUUCACCCGUCAAUGAUUACGCACGUGCAUAUGUAAUUGCUAAUUAUACAAGAUACAGAAUUUGCUUUAAUUUCAUUUUAGGCUUCGAUAUCCUAUUGCAAACUCCUCCAACUAGCUACGGUCUCUUUAAGAGUUAUGUACGAAGGCUGGCUGAUGUAGGACAACGGUUUGCGCUGCGCUCGCGCUGACAUACUCAUCAUGGCCUCCGUACAGCCGCCGCUGCAAGCGACAAUGAGCAGAGCAGCUCGCGGCAUUUUCCUUCCCCGAGCGGAGACGGCAGUCAAGCCGAAACAGAGGCACCGGUAGAGGGGAGCGCGCCGGGGGAAAAUUCUCCUCAUGCCACCCCGGUCUCCUCGAUGUCUUCGUCAAAAUCCACCUACAGCCAUCUAACAAAGAGGGGCGCAAACCCGGGGGGCGGCGGCGGCGGCGGAAACAUGAACACAAACCGGGAUUAUUCGAUUAACCUCUCGGUGCAGCAAGUGCUGAGCCUAUGGGUUCAAGGCACGACGCUGCAACACUUCACAGAGAUGUGGUACUGGGUGUUCCUGUGGAGUCUCUUCUCGUCUCUCUUGGUGCAUGGUGCGGUGGGGCUGCUGAUGCUGGCCAUGCUGCAGCGACACAGCAGGGGGCGUGUCAUCACGCUGGGGCUGCUGAGCGCUGGCUUCCUAGUCUCCUUGUGUGGAGGGGUCAUCACAAGUGCGGCUGUAGCAGGGGUGUACCGCGUGGCAGGGAAGGACAUGGCUCCUCUCCAGGCUCUGGUGUUUGGUGUGGGCCAGACAGCCCUCUCCCUCCUCAUCUCCUUCUCACGCAUCCUGGCCACGCUGUGAGGACACACAUAUGCAAACACCCACACACCACACACACACACACCACACACUCUCACACACACACACACCACACACACUCACACACUCUCACACACAUACAAACACACUAAACUCGAGGAUGUACAAGGCAGAGGGGCGGGGCUCUCCAUCACAGACAGAAAUCAAGCCGAUCAGAGACUUG